AUGCCGGCAGCAGCAAAAAAGAAGACUAACCCCUCCGCUGUGAAGCGCGCGGCCGAGUCUCAAUCAUCGUCGGGGAGUGAGAAUACACCAAAACCCGAGAGAACUACCAAGUCCCACAAGCGGUCUCGCUCAGGCUGCUUCACAUGUCGUCUUCGUCGAAAGAAGUGUGAUGAGCAGCACCCUUCUUGUGGAGCAUGCAACAACCUCUCUGUGAAAUGCGAAUAUAAACGCCCUAUCUGGUGGGGCAACAACGAACAGAGGAAGAUGCACAAGGAAGUUAUCAAGAACAAGAUCAAGCAGACGAAGAUGAAUGAGCGCAAUGGGUCAUUAGCCAUAGAUCCUGCCGUUCGUGCUCCGAACAUCGCCGCCAACUCACCGACUUCACCAGAAUUCGAAUAUGGCCGUCCGUUCCCAGAGCCAACCUACGACAUGUUUGCUUCACACUUGUCCACGCCUGCCCUAAGUCAAACUCUUUAUACACAACAGUAUCCCUACGAGGUAGACGUCAAGACUGAGCGCCAAACAUUCGUCAACGAUGUCCAGCUGCGCCAUGACUCUGUAUCAUCGACCUUUAGUGCCUUUGCUCCACCCCAAUUGAAUGCGCCUCUUCCUACCUUCCCAGGUGACGAGUGGUUCCAUGAUGAGUACUUCAGAACACCGGCGCUACCAGGAAUUGACCCUGCGCUUUGCGAUCAGACAUUCCCAGACACAUACGACAUGCUGCAAAGCAUCCCCGUUAGUGACCACGAUCGACCGCUUUUGGAGCACUUUAUCCACAACGUCUUGCGAAUGAGUUUUCCCGUUCUCGAAGCUCACCAACGCGGGCACCUUCGCGCUCAAGCCGUCCUACAAACCCUCGAGACUAACAAGUGCUACCUACACUGCUGUCUUAGCGUUGCCGCGAUACACCUUAAGACGACAGAAGGAAUCACGGGAGAACAGAUCGAUCACGAUAUCAUGCGAAACCGAUUUGAGGCUAUCUCGCUACUAUGCCAGGCCCUGGGAGAUGACAGUGAACACCAAGAGAUCCUCGAUGCCACCCUCGGCAUGAUCUUCUUCCACUCCUCCGUAGGCCCAGCCGAUGACUACCUUCCGGACAUUCCUUGGCUGGACCACUUCCAGGCUGCUGCCAACUUGGUGCAACGCCUUGGGCUAACUGCAGACACCCCGAAUCCGUACGUGCUACCACCAUUCAGCAUGACCUUGACCGCCUGGAUCGAUAUCCUCGGCUCGACGAUGUACCGAAGGACGCCCGAAUUCGCCCACACCUACCGAUCAAAACAUCUUGGUGGAGUGUCCCUCGGACUGCGCGAGCUCAUGGGUUGCGAGGACCGUGUGAUGUACCUUAUCUCGGAAAUUGCAUGCUUAGAUGCGCUCAAGGCAGAUGGAAGAGUGGACGAGAUGCAGGUUUGCUCUCACGUUUCGGCUCUCGGACAACAGCUGGAAUUCACUGAACCCGCCGACCCGAUCAUGGAGAGCCCCUACUCAAUAACAACAGGAUUGAUUCGCCCCGAAAUCUUGACUAAGAACAUCACGGCCGUUUUCCGCAUCGCCGCUCGAAUUUACCUCUGCAGCCUUGUUCCUGGAUUUGAGGAAACCCAACCCAGCAACGUUAACUUGGUUCAAGCACUCGCAAACGCUCUGCAGUACAUUCCUUCAGGGCCCGAAGGCUUUGACCGCUCCCUCGUAUGGCCACUGUUCAUCGCCGGUGUAUACUCCACCCCUGGCUGUCAAUUCCGAACUCUCCUCGCUGAGCGAGCAGCAGCUCUCGCUGAACACGCGGAACUUGGCAGCUUCGGCCGUAUGCACCGAGUCCUGCAGGAAGUGUGGAGAGUCACAGACGAAUUCUCCGAGUUGUCCACUACUCAAGGAAGCGCAUCUUCGCCCUCUGAACCGGCUAGCCCGGUGAAGGCCGAACCGUCCAGCUCCCCCAAGGCCCCCGAGCUCAGCUGGACGCCAACAGAAGUCAAGAAGCCGCACUGGCGGGACGUUAUGCAACAGAACGGCUGGAACUACCUUCUUCUUUGA